UGGCGCUCCGAGGACCUCGAAAUUCAUUGAGGAGGCCAUCAAGGAAAGCGAGGAGCAGAGGAAUCUAUAAUGGAUCGCAAGACACGAAGAGCGAACUUUAAAAACCUACAGCCUCGAUCAACACGAAGCACCAAAGCAUGCAAUGAUAACUUAUCGCUAUCCAACUUUUUUGCCACACCCAAGGAUGCUGGGGAGGAUGCCACAUCUGCAUCUGCCAUUCCCUCAGAGCCCGAACCUCCUGCACCCAUAAUCAAACCAAUACGCGCCAGCAAUGUGUUCGAAAAACCAGGACCCAAGCCCAAAAAGGCACCUAAACUCAAGGGGAGCAGUGGAUCCACCUCGGCCUCUGCCCGUCGAGGUCGCGGAAAGAGCAAACAGCAGCCCAGUAUCAGUAACUUCCUGAAGAACGAGCAGAUCUUCGCCGAGGUGACCGCCCAGCACUGUAUGGCGGACAACUUCAGUCCGGAUGACAUUGAAAUGGCGCUGGCGCUGUCCAAGUCGGAGGCUGAGAAGCAGGGACGCCUGCGCCUGAACGACGACGAGGAUGCAGUAAUUGACCUUAUGAAUGAUGAAGAGGUAUCUACUGAGAAAAUACGACUCAAGCUGCAGAAGUAUGGCUUUCGCACAGCGGCCAAGGAAGAUUGCAAAUCCCUGGCCGUCCUACCUGUGGUGGCGGGAAAGGGUGGCAGGCGUGGCAAAUGGGCCAAUAAGUUCACUGCCCUAACCUUACGCAACCCCGAAGUACAGCAGAAGAAGCUGGAGGAGAAAGUUACAGCACUGCUGGCUCAACAAGUGCGCACACAGGAACUGAAGGGUAAAGACCGUAUAAUGCCGCCUUAUACAGUGAUCAGUUCGUUCCUUCAGCAACUGAGAGCUAAAAGUAAAUCUCAGAUUCUUCGAGAACCAAGCGAUGGUGUCAUUGAAGAUUUAAGUCUAUACUACGUAAACGACUUGAUUGAAGUUAGCCAAACGCCUGCAAACCAUCUUCUCAAGAGCUUUGCUGCAAUACAGGGCAGAGAUUUAUCUCCAGAGCGGGAAACCCCGAAAUCCCGUCAGUUAAAGCAGCAACUUGAAAUCGUCUAUGCAGAGUUGGAAAAGCAUUUCGGUGAUCAACAGAUGUUGGAACAACAAGUGGCUGAGGAACUAGAUGAGCUGGAAAAGCUGGUGGCCGAAAACAUGAUCGAAGAUGACUCCAAAGUGGGUGAUAAUGUGGAGCCCGAAAUAUCCUCGACUAGUAGCAGCCCAUCCAAGGAGCCACCAGAUAAGCGGGCUAAAAUGGCAAUGGAUGAGAAAGAAAACCUGCAACCCACAACUUCAAAAGCCAACCUAAGCAUUCCCACCCAAACAACCCGCUGCACCUCCCCCGAUCUUUUUGCGGAAUCUGAUGAUGAGCUGGAUACAGCAACGUCUUCUAUCUCUAAAGAACCCGAAGAGGUUAGGCAGCUUUCCAUGAAAGUCUACAAAAAUCAUAGCAUAUCUGAACCAUCUUCUCCGGUCAAGGAAUUUGAAAUCAAAUCCAGCAUUGAAGAAGCUAGUCAAAUAACAACCUAUGAAGUGUUUUCCAGUUCCGGAGAUGAAGUAAAGACUGUUUUCAACGCUUCACAGGAGAAUACUUCUUUUGAAGAUAAACCCAUAGAUGACUUCAUUGACCUAACCCAAGAGUUCGAAACGUCAGACCUUAAUGAACCCACUCCGAAAACAGCACUACCUGAAUCUGGCUCUAGUGGGGAUAUACUCCUAAAUUACAGUUCCCAGGAAGCAAGCUGUCCCAUCUCCAAAGAGUUGUUCUUGAAGUAUGUGAAGGUUGAUACAUUUCCUAUAUGGAAAGCAGAAGAAGAUGAAGAUAAGGAUAAUUUCUGCUUUAGCUCGGAACCAGAAUUGAAAAGUUCCGAGCAGUCAUCAUUUCAUUUAGAUAUCAUAACCACUCCAAACGACUCUAAACGGAGUUCAAGCUUCAGUGAAAUGAACUUCUCAAGGAACUCAAUGCGAAGAAGCGUUAGUUUAUCAACGGAUCAAAGCUUUAAAAGUCCGCUGAACUGGAAAAUGAACCUAUCACCCGAGAAGAGGGUAUCACCUGCGGCAUCACCCUAUAAGCACUCGGAUGCAAGUUUGGACUUAACUCAAAACAGCGAGGACGAAGGCGAUGUGGUUCUGCUCUCCGACGAGGAAAUCAAUUAUUCCAUCUGGAAGGCCAAUAAAACGGCGAAGGAUCUAACUGUCGACGACGACAGCUCGGAUAGUUGUUUUGCCUCUCCGGUAACCAAAAAGCGAGCUAUUCCACAAUUCCAAACUGAAGACGAUCUGGAUGCUUUUCUAAAGUCAUUUUCUGCGGAUGGAAAUAGCUCACAGAGCUCACACUCGCCCAACAAAAGUGCUCUUAGCAAGGAGCGUGCUGAGUUUGGAAUACUGGAUGCUGCUCCAUCCCAGCCUUUUAGCAUCUCCGAACUACAGAGCCCUGUGAGAAAAGGCUCCCCAUCAAAUGGGAAUAUCAAUUGGGCGGAGGCUUCGUUUUUGGAUGCACCGGCAAAACCGUUGGCUCGCAGAAGUAGUCACAAAUUUAAUGAGCUACUGGCGAAGAUAAGCAAACCUGACAAUAGUUCUGAUGACGAUUUUGAUGAGUUCGAUCAGAUGGUUUUUAAAAGCAUCAAGGAUGCCUCUAAUGUUGCGGAGGACAAUGUCACGCCUAGUGGGCUGGAUCUUUUGUUAAAGGGUGAAAUCAAAACAACGUCAAUACCGGAGCCAAGUGCUCCAAAGCAGCAAGCACCAGCUGUCCCCCAGCAGGUGGAAGUAGAUGGAAAUGUGUACACCGUGCGUGUUUGUCAUACACCAAAACCAGAUUUCACUACCCUUUCGGAAUCAGAGAUCCUCCAGCAGCUUUACAACUACGGCAUAAAACCACUAAAACGCAAGCAGGCCGUUAAAAUGUUAGAAUUUAUCUACAAUCAAACGCAUCCUAUUGUGAAAACCGUAGCUGUUCAGGAUUUGCCACCUAGAACAGAGCCCAUUGUCCGCUCUAAAUCAACUCCCGUGAUGAUGGAGAAACCCCACUCAAAACUAAUCAAAUCAACCACUGAAGUUUCCCUGACACCAACUGAGCCAAAAAAGGAUUUUAAAUAUAAAGAUGCCUUUGGCGAUGAGCUACUGCGUUUUUCACAAUCCCUUCCGCCGAGUCUUUGCGAUGACUUCGAGACCUUUGUUCUGCAAACGAACGUUUCCAAGAAGACUCCACAGCCGCUGGUGCCGCUCCACAUAGCCUGGCACAAUCUUCUCUGCGCCAACCCGCGCCUGCAUGAGAGCGUUCUCAUGUAUGAACCCAUCGAUUUGCAGGAAGUCUAUUUGUACUUAAAGCAUUUGGGUCAUCGGUACGAUCCCAAGGAUUUAAAGACAUUCUUUGACCGGCGUUGCAUUAUCUUUCGCUAUGAUCUGACUGCUCCCGAUAAGCAAGCGGAGCGUCAUGUGCGAAAGCACCCAAAGAAGCCCUCUAAGAGAUAAUAGAUCGUUAAUUCAAUUUUCCGCAUCAGCUAUUAUAAGAUUCCUUUGUAGUUAUACCGCUUUCCGAAUGCUUUGUAAUUAGUAUAGUAUUACUUAGAAUGUUCUAUUGAAUACGACAUUGUUAUUUGGCAUACUGCGAUUUAAAUUUAUUAUCUGUAAAUGUAUGAACUGAAAAUAUAUAUUCAACUCUAUUUGA